AUGUCGAAAGAAGAAGAGAAGGCUGCAUUGAAUUCUAGUGAUAACAAUUCCAUCUACGAAACAGAUCCUGAAGAUGUUCAGGCUCCAGGAAAUCCAAUAAGUACAUUGGACACCGCAACAGGAUUCAGCCUUAUUGAUGAUACCAAUCCGCAGGAGAUUGCUGCCGAUGAAGACUUGGCCGAUGAGUUGGCAUCUGACUUGGAGUACUUAGACCUGGUCCACUUGAAAGUGAAAUCCCUAGAAAAUUUGAACCUAGAUAGAUUUGCCCAAUUGACUGGGAUAUGUCUGCGUCAGAACUUGGUUGACUCUCUGGUCCCACUGAAGGCAAUUUCUAAAAAGGAUCAGGUGACCGAACUGGAUUUCUACGACAAUAGAAUCAACCAUAUCAGUAAACACGUUAACGAAUUUGAGAAUCUAGAAGUGUUGGAUCUGUCGUUCAAUAAGAUCAAGAAUAUCAAGAAUGUGGAUCGGCUAUCUAAGUUGAAGAAGCUGUAUCUCGUCCAAAACAAGGUGCAUGAGAUAAAGAAUAUAUCCAAUCUCAAAUCGUUGGAAACCUUGGAGCUCGGAGGUAAUAAACUCACAGAGAUUGGGGAAGAACUUUUAAAUCUGUCUUCAAUUACAGACCUAUGGUUGGGUAAAAAUUACAUUCAGAGAUUGCAGAAUCUAGAUAGUUUGAAAAACUUGGAAAUUUUAUCCAUCCAAUCAAACAGGCUCACAAAGAUCGAAGGGCUGGAAGAGCUGGUUAACCUCAGAGAGUUGUAUCUGGCUGAUAACGGUAUCUCCAAAAUUGAGAACCUAGACAAGAAUACGAAGUUGGAAGUUUUGGAUUUGACUUCAAAUAAAAUUGAGCAUCUGGAGAACAUGUCGCAUUUAACCAGCUUGACAGAUCUAUGGUUUUCUUACAAUAAGAUUUCCUCAUUUGCCGAAGUGGAGAAGGAGUUAUCCAAGCUCCCCCAGUUGGACACUGUUUAUUUUGAGCAUAAUCCAAUUCAGACCGAGAACCCUACAUCCUACAGACGAAAACUAAAGUUGAUAUUGGGAAGCAGUUUGCAGAAAAUUGACGCUACAUAUAUUAGAUCUUGA